CCCUUCCGUCUCCUCCCAUUUACUAACCCGAAGGAGGAGCGAGCGAGCGCGGGCGGUUCGCUGAGAUCUCGGCCCCGCGAUGCCGAGGACGAGGAGGUUGCGCGGCGGGUUCCGGCUCGGCCGCAAGCUGCUGACCGCGUGGCGCUGGGCGCUCUGCGGCCGGAGCCGGCGCCGGGGCGGCGGCUACCUCCGGCUCGACGCGCCGCGCCCGGCCGCCGAGGGCAAGGAGGCCAAGAAGCUGGCGCCGGUGCUGCGGUGGGGCCAGUCGCUGGCGCGGCUCCUCAGCCUCGGGCGCACGGACCGCCGGCAGCGUACGCUCGGCGUCGGCGAGCCGGUGAAGACCCCCAAGGGGCAGGUGGCGGUGUACGUGGGCGGCGGCGGGCCCGGGGAGCCGCUGCGGUACGUGGUGCCCGUGGUGUACUUCAACCACCCCAUGUUCGGGGAGCUGCUGAGGGAGGCCGAGGAGGCGUUCGGCUUCCAGCACCCCGGCGGCAUCACCAUCCCCUGCGCCGCCGCCAAGUUCGAGCGCGCCGCCGCCGUGGCCGCCGCCGGCAAGAAGGGGUUCGCCAGGUGGUAGCAUCGAGACCGUAGGCGUAGGAGUCCCCCCGGCCCCGGCCCUGCCUGGUCUGGCCGCCUCCGCCGCGUGCGGCGGGGCCGAGUGGCGACAUGGUGUACAGUGCUCCAUAUGUGUUUCCAUCAGCGAAAGGGGCUAAUUUUGUUCCAUUGAUUCGUCUUCCUGCCGUUUAACCAGUGGAUGGAUGCGGUUCUUCUUUUAAGGAAAGGAUAUUUAGUAA